UUUGUUUGUACUUGUAUGUUCCACUUUUAAAUUACUAAUUUUGUAGUGGCUGCAGUAUUUGUGGACGCAGCUAUGAUUGCAUCUGCACAAAAUUCAACGUCUAAUGAUACAGAAAGUACAGAUCAAUCUACAGAACCAAAUAGUACAGCAGUUGUAAAAUCCACCACUGUACAGGCAGCAGCAACAACAAAGGUUGUAUGUCUUAAUGGAACAUGCAAUGGGAGCGACGAAUCUUGUGUCAAGAACAUUUCUGGGACAUGUCCUUUUAAAGGUAGUUGCACGAAACAAGUACAAACCACUGGACAAAAGACUAAAGUAACAGUAGGAUGUGGAGCCAGUGCUUGUCCAAAGACGACUACUACACCUUCACUAACGACAACAUACACUUGCUGUGAAACUGCUCUCUGCAACAAGUAUGAACCUCCUAAGUCAGCAGCUGUCAGCUUCCGUUCGAACAUGUUUUACUUUGUCAGCAUUGUUAUUCUGGCAUUUGUACUGUAGAAUCUGGCCAGAUAAUAGUUUUGUACAAUUUAUGAUACUGAGCGAUAGAAUGACGAAUUAACACUUUAUGACUGAAAUAUAUCACCGUUGUUACCAACAAGCACAUAGAACUUUAUAAACCAUUGUAGCAUAUUAGAACAAUAAUAGGAUAGUGCUAACUAAAGUAUGGACCAACGUUAUGCAAUGAUUUCAUGAACUCUUCUAAGUUCAUGUAUUACAAAUGGUAUCUAAAUAUUAGCAUAAAAUUCAAAAAGUGUUGAUUUGCUGCUAAUAUUAUUCUAAAUGUGUUGAUUUGAAGACCUUAUGAAGCUAUUCGGCUGACAAUGUGCUCUAAUGAUGAUUAACUUAAUUAGAAUAAUGUUUGUAUAUCUAUCACAUGUUUGUAAA